GUGCGUCUGGACUUACAUGUAUUAAACAAUGUCUCGCUGACAAUCUCGAACCGGUGUGUUUUGAAACAUGCAAUACUACUGCGGGACUUUGGCGUUUUACCGAAAUCACUGAAGAAAAUAAGGAUCCACCUUCAUCAAUCUAUAAAAGUGUGAUUAUUAAUACUAGUAAAGAAAUGUCGACAUUUUCGGAUUUUCCAAUUCCUCAUGAUUGGCCUUACUAUAUGCAUCACAAAUUUGUCGCAAAGUAUUUCGAUAUGUACGCAGAAAGAUUUCAGCUUAUUCCUCAUAUAAAAUUUAACACUACCGUUGUAAAUGCAUCAAUUCUUCCCGAUCAACGCUGGAAAGUUCGAUACGUGACUAAAGGUGGAGAAGAAGCUGAAAGUGUGUUUGAUUAUGUAAUGGUUUGCACAGGCCAUCAUCGGUAUCCUCGAAUGCCAAAGUUCCAAGGAAUGGACCAAUUUAAAGGAAUUCAGAUUCAUUCACAUUUUUAUCGAGAACCUACAAAUUAUAAGGAUAAGCGCGUCGUUGUUGUCGGAUGCGGAAACAGUGGUAUGGAUAUUUCCGUGGAAUUAUCAGAAUCAGCAUCGCAAGUUUAUAUGUGUGUUCGCCGAG